GCAAGAUAAGAGGAACCGUCGGCCAACGCUGUAGCGCCGGCCGAUGACACGCACUUCUUUGUUCCAUAUCUAACCGCCGUCGGCUCCCUCCCUGCACCUUCACUGGGAUCACACUGGGAUCAUUCGGACAGCAUUCUCGCUGUCUGCCAUCAGCUUCUCCAUUACCCGCGAUACUGGCGACGCCGGUGCCGAGGUGGUGGCAAAACACGUGGCACGCGCAAGGCUGCUUUGCUUGGUGCUCUAUUCAAUGAGCAGGCAGCAAGUCUUGGUGUGAGGUCGGGGAGGGUUUACCAAAUCCGUGGCAUCCAAGGCCUGCACACCACAGUGCCCCAGCCACCAUGCCGAUUCUCGAUCUACUUGCGUCGAUCACCGGCGAAAAGCCGACGCCUUCGUCUAACCCUCCACCUCGACCGAGCACGGUUCAACCCAAACGGAAGGCCGAAGAUGAGUUGCGUUCCGGGGGGCUCAAGGCAGCUCGAACCGAUUCAGUGCCUGAGAAGCCAUCGCGACCGAGCAGCGACUCUCCAAGGCCGUCUCCUCGGCCUGCGGAUCGGCCGCUCGGGAAUUCGAGCGACAAGCCGUCUUCAAAGCCGCAGUCCACUGUGAGCAAGUCAGCCACGAACGAGAGACCCGGUGUCGCCAGUCCCAACGUCAAUAGCACAGCGAAGAUGCCUGCCAACGGUAACAAAACACUACCUUCCCGACCGGUCACUGGCAACCAGAGCGCCGCGGAUCCGGCCCCGCCGAAGAAGCGGUCAUAUGCGGAGAUUAUGGCUCGAGCGAAAGCCAACGCUGAGCAGAGGGAGGCGCUUGGGAAGAUCCACCACAAGACGGUUGAGCGGAGUAUGACCAUGAAGGAGCGCAAAGAGUUGAAGGCAGAAGAAUUGAGAAAGGCGAAAUCCGCUGCAAGGAAGGUUGUGUCUGGCCGAACCAGCGCAUCGAGUACGCUUGCGCGAGAUACGGGGCAAGCGUCUGGCGCCCGAGACAGGGCCCUCUCCGGCUCGACAAAUGGCAAGAAGACGGCUGCUGUCGAAGAAAAAAAGGUCAAGAAAGCGGCCUUGGCGACAACGGGUUACACUGGCACUGCACGGCCACGAACUGGUGCGGCGACUACGGCCAGGUCGGGUGCGGUGAGCCGUCCCACCACCGGAGCGGAGUCACGCGACAGAGCUCGGUACGGAGGGCCGCUCUCCAUGUCUAGGAAGAGGUACGAAGAGGAGGACGACGACCUUGACGACUUCAUCGAGUACGAUGACGAGGAGGAGGAGCAAAGCGGCUACGGCAUCGGCCGGCGGUAUCAGUACGACUCCUACGACGAUGAGUCGGACAUGGAGGCCGGUCUGUCAGUUAUCGAAGACGAAGAGCUGGAGGCGGAUCGCCAUGCACGGCGCGAGGACCAGGAGCAAGAGGCUCUGGAAAAACGGCUGAAGCGGGAAAAGGAGGAGCGGAAGCGCAAACUACUCCAGGCUGCCAAGUCGAAGACUGGCGUCCGCUGACAAGGCUGACCGCAGUUUGGGGCUGCUACAUGGAAUUGUCUGGAUAACCCUGCGCCGGGGGAUGGGAGACGCCGCCCUCUGUUCUUUCUCCUGCUCUGUUUUUUUCUUGGGAAAUUACUUGGGGAUAGGGCGUUGGCUUGUAGAGGGAGCAUCUGCCGAGAGACCGCAUUAGCAAGGAGUUUGCGGGUUGGUAGCGUCUU